GUGUGCGCGUGCGCGGGGGACGCCGCGGAGGUGGAGGGGGCGACGGCAGGCCCAGCCCCCGGUCGUAGCGCCCGGGGCGGCUCCUCUGCGAGCCUGGGACCGCCGCGCUCCCGCUGCCGCCGCCGCCACGCGCUGGCGUGACUCCCGGCCGGCGCCGCGCCCUCCCACGUCUGCAGCCGGCUCGGCUUCCUGCCCGCCCAGACGCCGCUUCUCCUGGGCUCCGGGUCUCGGCUCCGCGGAGGGAGAGGAAAUGAGUGCGGCGGCCUCGGCGCCCGAGCGGGGUUGGAAGAGCGAGAAAGUGGACGAGGCUCAGGCCCUGGCGCGGAGCUGCGCUGCCCGCAGACCCGACUUCCAGCCGUGCGAUGGGCUCUCCAUCUGUGCCACGCACAGCCAUGGCAAGUGCUUCAAGCUGCACUGGUGCUGUCACCUAGGAUGGUGUCACUGCAAAUAUGUGUAUCAGCCUAUGACCCCUGUGGAACAGCUUCCAAGCACUGAGAUUCCUGCAAAGCCUCGGGAACCCACAAACACCAUUCAGAUCUCAGUGUCACUCACUGAACACUUUUUGAAAUUUGCAUCUGUCUUCCAGCCUCCCCUCCCCCCUGAUUCGCCAAGGUACUGUAUGAUCUCAGACCUCUUCAUCGACAACUAUCAGGUUAAAUGUAUUAAUGGGAAGAUGUGUUAUGUGCAGAAGCAGCCAGCGCCACAUUCCCACAAAAUGAGGCCUGAGGAGGUCUCUGCACACGAUGCCUUAAUUUCAAAAGAGAGCAAUACACCAAAAAUAGAUCACUGCUCUUCUCCCUCAAGUUCUGAGGACUCUGGGAUCAAUGCGAUUGGGGCUCACUAUGUGGAAUCAUGUGAUGAGGACACAGAAGAAGGAGCGGAACUGAGUUCAGAAGAAGAUUACAGCCCAGAGAGCAGCUGGGAGCCAGACGAGUGCACCCUUCUCUCCCCUUCCCAGUCUGAUCUGGAAGUGAUUGAAACAAUAGAAACCACCGUGUGAGAGCCCGAGCAGGAGGCCGAGACCUCUGAUCGAUGCGGGGCUUUUGUACUUUCGUCUGAGGGAUGCUUUUCCAGUGCAGUUGGUAUUUUCUACCCCUCUCUAGCAACCAUAGCAGUUCAGUGGUCUGCUGAUUAGCUUCACUCUGAAAUUAGUCUUAACUAAGAAAUUCUUUUUCUUAGUUUUUUUUUUUUGUAUCUUGACUUAUUUUCUAUGUAGCAUCUGGUGUCAUAAAUUGUGACCCAGCCUUAAUUUCCUUGGCAACUUUGAAAGUGAUGAAGCAAUGAUUGCGGAGUGCCACGGAUGGUUGAGGAGCUACCUAGAGUGAAGGAGACAAUGUUUCCUAAAUAGCUGGUUCAUUGAAGAAAAACGCCUGACAUUCCUUUCUGACAUGCUGACAGGCACCCUUGUCCUGCCAGCCCCUCCCCCGUCGGCAUCGGCUCCCUUGUGAGGAGGGGAGUGUGCCCUAGUAGAGGCCAUUCUGCCCCCUUUCCCUUCCGCCCACCUCCUGCACAGGUCUGGGCCAGUGUUGCUUCAGCUCACUUCUGGGUUACUGGAGGUCAGCUCAGCCCCCAGUUAUGGCCAGCGGCCUGCAUGGCUCCAUGACCUGAGGCUGAGCUAGAUCUUCAUUUACGAAGACAUGACCUCUUCAGUUUCACGCUCAAUCUAGCUUUAGCUGAGCCCCUACACUCUGUAGGAUGGGGAUACAGGAUGAAUAAGACCUGACUCCCAGCAUGAAGGGGCCCACAGUCCAAUAGGGGAGAUGACUUAUGUAGGUAAUGGUACCCAGAAUGCUCUGUGAACCCCGGGGAAGGAGAGAUGCACUUGUAGCUGGGGAACACAUUACAGCAUUUGGGCUGGCCUCUUGGGUGGGUCCCCUGGCAUUUCUCUGCUUUUCUUAAUUGUUCUUCAGUCUGGGGUAGACUUUUAGGAAGUUAUAUAGGUAUUAGAUUUAGGAGGCAGCCACAUCUGACAUCCUAAAAAAAUAAAAGUAGUUUUAGUUAGCAUGGAAAUGCUAAAGACAGCAGUCCUUUAGGGAUUAGGAAUGAAUCUAAUAGGUUUGAUUAAUUCUGCUUCAUUUGGUUGUAUGAAGCAUUAGAAUGGCUUAGGUGAGAAAUGGAUUAGAAUUCAGUAUGAUGCAUGGAUUUUUUUAUGCAAAUGCAAAAGCAGUUGGAAUAGUUCACUGCUAAGUCAGGAGAAAUAUUUUGCAGAAUACUUACUUUUACUACAGUAAUAUUCAUGGUCUGUUGUACAUGUUCUCUUUUCUCACACAGAAUAGUGAAUAACUCUUAUUUAGCUCUCUUCAGAAUCCUACUCCUAAUCCCCAUUUAUACCAGGUGUUUUUGUGUGAGGUGGUUGUCUGCCAUUUCUCUAAAUCUGCUCUCUGUGUGGCAUAGUUAAGGAUCCAGGAAAUUUCAAAUAUGGCCUAAUGAAACGAGAACUAUCAAUGUUGGAAACAGAGAAAUACUUCUUAUGUCCUAACCCUCCAUGAGCCUGCUCUCAGGGUAUCUCAUGCUCUGUCAGCAUUAAGGCACAUUACUUCUGUGUCACAUUCAUUUGUAUUUUAAGAAGUGAGAGGCCUGUUGUUUUUUUCCCUGAAUCCUCCAUUUGGUAUCCUUCACAAAUCACCAGGCAGAAUCUGCUUUUCUAGUUGUAUAUGUAUGUAGUCCAAGUGAUGGGCUACAACACUUUGUUAGGUUUUAGGUGCCCAAGACACCUGGAGAGUUUAGAAAGCAGAGUAUGCAUAUUCCUUUGAAAAUGGUAUUAGUUAAAUUUUUCUAUGCUAGAUGAGACUGCAGCGUAAAGUUCCCACUUACUGAAACGUAAAGGCUCAACACGUUAAAACCAAUAAGGUGGAAGGAGGAUCUGUAGGAACAGCAGGGCCCAGGAGAGGGCAUGCAGAAGUUGGGAGCGGGUGCGAGGCGGUGUGGGAAGAAGCUGCCCAGGCCUGGCCUAGGCCCCGCGGUUUAGGGACAGACAUCCGAUGAGCUGUCUGAGGCUGUCAGCGCCUCCCAUGACCAAGUGCCCAGCUGAAGGCAAGUUCAGAAGCUGAACCAUGAGCCGUGAAGUCAGCCAGUGUGAACUCGGGCUGUAACAGCAACAGCAGGGCCCUGUCUGCAUCUGCCAGGGGCGAGGUCAUGGAAUCCCUUGGGUGGGCUUUAGGGGGGGCCUUCUUCCUCUACAGCACUUCUCUCCACUUGGGCCCACGUUCCCAUCCAUCAAGCCAAUCGGAGCCAACCACCAGGUCUCCAAAGGCAUGGAAACAAAUGGUCACAGGGCCAUGUUUCCGGAGCUGGCUGUGUCAGGGCUGGGCCCUUUAUCAGUAAUAUCUACAACUUUUGCCUAGGUUCCUAUUUUUUAAACUCCUGUACUGCCAUUCAGAUUAGCCACGAUUUUAAUGAAAUUUUUGGAUUUAAUAAUGGUUGAUAAUCACUUUAAAUUUUUGCACAAUCUCUUUAUAACCAACAACUCACUAAGCUUCAUUUACUACUAUUUUAUAGAAUUGGAGAUGUUCCAUUGGAUUCUAACUGUCAGAUGCUCCUGGAUCUCAAAAUAGCCUUUUCUAAACAAGCACAAGCUAGAAUUUCUUUGUCCUAGCACUGUUAAUAAUUCUCUGAAAAUCAUGUAUGAUUGAACCAGAAUUGUUUCUUUAUGCCUGCAUUGCAAAAGAACUGAUAAGGAUAUAAAAAUGUGCAGUUUCAACAUAAAUCCUAGGUCUAUUCUGUUCGAUAUUAUAUAAAAUUUCUCUGUAACCCUGAUAUUAUAUCGCUCAUUUGUAUAAGCAUAGGUAUAGGCACUUUAGAAAAUGUUUAGACUGCAACAUGUAUUGUGGACUAUGUUAACUACCCUUUUGGUUAAUACUUGUACACUGAGAGAUUGGAAAGCUUUAUAAUUUGGACCUGGUAGUGUGCUCACUUGGAGCAAAGGGUUGGGCUGUGUGGAUGGAGAAACUGUCUUGGGUUUUUGUGGAAACAUGGCACCAUUCCCAUUUUUGAAAGUUGGUGUUAAAGCUAUUAGAAGAUAGAAAAUAAGUACUGUGUGGAAUUUAGCUUUCUUAUUGGAAGAUUUAUUUUGGAAUUUUCAAGUUUCAUAUAUGCUCAUAACUUUUCUGAGAAAUGGCAAAGCAAUUAAAAUGCCCUUAUGGUUAUGACUAUUUGGUACAUUAAUAAAUAAGGCUUUACAAUCAAAUCUAGGUAUUUUGUACCUUGUAAUUUUCAAGAUUUGAAAUGAGAAUUUGAGGAAAACUCCAAAGGAAAACAGUUGCUUUCCUGGAAAAAGAAGACUUGUUCUUCAAGGUAAUAAAAUAUAAAUUAAAACCACAAAAACCAGGACAGAACCCUGAAGUUCUUGCUCUGAAGUACCUUUUAGAUUUGAUCUAGGAUUUAAUUCUAUCCUGGGGGUGGUUUUAUUUCUUAACCUCUACUUCCUGGUCUAUUUGAAACAUCACAGUUCUUUUCUGAUUGAGCAUAACAAACUCCUUUUAAAUAAAUUUCUCUAUUUGGGUAAUUUAGAAAUCUGCCAAAAUACUGAGAUAUGUUUGGCAGUAUAAAUACUACGCAAGAAAAAAAGCACAAGUUAAAAUAAUAUUUAUAGUCAGCUCUUGAUUAUGCCAUCUCAUUUGCAAAAUUUUAUUAACAUAUUUUGGCUUUUUACAUGAGGAGAAUACAAAAUUGUAACAAUUUUCUUUCCUGUUCCCCUCUCCAGAGGAGGUGUGAGCCAGAAUUAAGGAGGCCUUUCGGCUUUUCAGUAAGUAGUAUGUGAUUGUGUCUCUUCCCACUGAGGAGGGGGGAAAAGGAGGACGUCUGCACGUCCCUUCAGGGCUGUGACUCCAGAGAUGUCCGUAUUUCUCGCAUCCAAACUAAGGACAAGAGCACGUCUCAAAAUUAAAUUUUGUAAUUGUCUACUUUUAAAAACUAAAAAAAGUCACUGUUCCCGUCAUCAUUAAGGAUAAUUGAUAGUUGUAUUAGGAAAGGGCCAUGUUUCUGUUAGUGCUUUGAGUGCUUUCUUCCAUUAAUGUGGGAGCGGUGCCCUUUUAUAGUCUGAACAACUCUGAAAGCAAAUCAUUGCUAGAGGUUUUAAUAUGGAGCUUUCAUACCAUUGUGUCCAUAUACACUUUUUAAGGCUGUGCAUACCUUGCAAUAUUCAUUUACUGUGCUGUUUUUUAAACCUUUGUUUUAAAGUUUUAAGUGCAAUGUUGAUCCUUCUGUAAUUUCCUAAAAAUUAUAUUGUUUUCCUACAGACAGUUCAACUUUCCUUUUAUGUAUAAUACUUAGGGAAAUACUACCUUAUAAAAUAAAUGUGAAUUUUUUUUUUCAUUUUUUUUACCAGCACAAAUCUGA